CCCGUGCGUAAAAGAUAUUUUGGAAAGAUACGUGGAUACCCAGAAGUAGCUUUUUAAAUGACCCGCAGCAUCAACUGAUCGCAGACGGAAACAAUCGCAUCUCAAGACAAGUCCAGAUUGGAGCGAGAUCUCUCACGGUUUUUUUUAAAGAUAUAUAUACGUCAGAAAAACAGAAGUUUUCUGCUCGAUGAGAACCUCGCACGGCCCUGCUUGACCAGCCUCGGACGCCCAGGAGUCGCCAAAUCCACCACAGGUCAAAGAGUUAUUUAUCUUUUCAAUAGAUUCUAGCCAUGUGUGCAUUCAGUAGUUGGAGAUAAAGCUGCGGUAGAAGUCUGGUGUGGUUGUAAGGGGGAGAGGGAGUGUGUGUGCGCGCUCUCGCUCAGUAGCCUCACCGGACAAGAGGAGGAGGAAAUCUGGGAGAGAGGGGCAAGAGAAGCGACGUCUUCAAGGAUGACUUUAGGGACGGAUAUGUCCGACAGCUCUGCAUUGUCCGAAGAUGUGGACAUCGAUGUGGUCGGGGGUGACAUAUCCGUGGGAAAGGACGGGAAGUACAUUCACCACGAGUUCAACUUGGACAAUGACUCGGACGAUAAUUACUCACAGAACGCGGCCGAGAGGGUUUCCUCUCCCGGGCUCAGCAGCUCCGACUGCCCGUCAGACCAGAUGGGGUCCGGCGCAGAGGUCGGCACCGUGAUCGGGGACAAACCCAGAAAAAGUGCACUUGUGAAGCCACCCUACUCUUACAUCGCCCUGAUCACCAUGGCCAUCCUGCAGAGCCCCAAGAAGCGUCUUACUCUCAGUGAGAUCUGCGAGUUCAUCAGCAAUAGAUUCCCUUACUACCGGGAGAAAUUCCCCGCGUGGCAAAACUCCAUUCGCCACAACCUUUCCUUAAACGACUGCUUCGUGAAAAUCCCACGAGAGCCCGGCAACCCCGGAAAGGGCAACUACUGGACCCUCGACCCGGAUUCCGCAGACAUGUUCGACAACGGGAGCUUCUUGCGCAGGAGGAAGCGCUUCAAGAGGCACCAAGCUAAUGAAAUCCUCAGGGACACCGGUGGCUUUCUGCCCGGGUUUGGAUACGGCCCGUACGGAUACAACUAUGGACUUCAGCUGCAGAACUUCCACGCAGCCCACAACCCGUAUCACCCACACCACACAGGUGGUUCAUUCCCUUUCCCAAACGCCCCCUGCACCUUGCCCCCAUCUGCCUCCAUAUUCCCCGCGCCGCAUCCCCUGCCCACCCUGUUAGGGGCUGAUUUAAGAAAGCCCUUUUAUCCGCAGCUAAGCCCGUCUCUGCCGCCUCUCAAGACAGACUCCAGCGCCCCGAGUCGGCCUUCCUUCUCUAUUGACAAUAUCAUCGGUGCGGCCAACUCUACCGCCUCUUCCUACAGCGCGCAGCCGGGCAGUCAGGCUCAGAUCCUGGCCAUGCUGACCCCAGCACUGGCCUCUGCUUCCAACCAUUUGAACCUAUCGCAGGACAGCAUAUUACAACCCGGGGCACAGGGGCAGACUUUUUCCAGCAAAACCCCGAACAUGAACACUUGUCCUUUCUAGAGAAAAAAAUGGCGAGGCUGCCGGCUGAAAAAUCUUUUACUAAAAAGCCAACUGUGGCGCCGUCCUGUGUGAAGGUAGGCCGGACAUGCUCGGUGAAAUAAGAGUGUUUUGGCUCUCCCCGUUUCCUAACAGUGUAAGAGGAGAGAGAGGUUUAUUUAUGGCUUGUAAAUAUGUGCAUAAUAUUGAGAGACAAGCAAGAGAAACUCGGAAAAAGGAACUUUUUAAACAAUGCUGGCCUGCGAUCUGGCAUGUGGCUUUCACGUGUCAGUGGGAGAAAAAGAAAAAGAUAUCCUGUUAUUUUAACAUAAGUUAAAGGAGACACCCGACUUGUUUUUUUUUUAAAUAUAAUUGAGAAUUUUAUUAUGAUUUAUAAUGUUUUUAUUUUGUGCGUCGUGAGAAAAUGGCACUGUUGUUGACAUAGGCUGACAGAGACGGCAAACUCAGGUUUUACUUACUUAGAAAGCACAUGGAGACAAAGGGGGGUUUCUGACACAAAAAUAACCAUUUUCCCACUCCCCUCCCAACCCCACGCCCCCUCCUCUAUGGUGAUUUUGUGACAAUAUCAUUUCAUGUUGUCGGUGGACACGUAGGCUAUGUGAUUUUGGUAUAAAAGAGCGCAUUACCUCUCUCAACCUUUUAAUUGUUGUUCGUUCCUAUCUAUUUCACAAAUUUAAUCUGUGAAACAUACAGUAUGUCAUGUGUUGCCCAUAGAGAGACACCUAAAUGUUCA